AGAUUAAAAACAAAAAACGAAAAUAUAAAAGGAAAUGUCUGCUAUCCGAAGGAUUUCGUCCGAAAGACGAAGCGUUAGCGAUACUACCCCACUGCUCCACGACCAGCACCGCUACCGCCGUCUACGAUCGUCUUUAUCCCUUAAAGUUUCCUCUUCCGCCGCAGAAAUGGCCACCGCUACUUCGCUGCCUCGCUCCGUCUUCCUCGGCGUUGACGUCGGCUCAGGCAGCGCCCGCGCAGGUCUCUUUAAUGAGGAUGGGAAACUUCUAGGUUCUGCUAGCAGCCCGAUACAGAUUUGGAAAAGUGGUGACUUUGUUGAGCAAUCUUCAACUGAUAUUUGGCUCGCAGUCUGCACUGCAGUAAAAGCAGCAUGCUCUCUUGCGAAUGUUACUGGGAAUGAUGUAAAGGGUCUGGGUUUUGCAGCUACUUGUUCUCUUGUUGCUGUUGAUUCUGAUGGCGAACCUGUCACGGUUUCUUGGAGUGGUGAUGCUAGAAGAAAUAUCAUAGUGUGGAUGGACCACAGAGCAGUAAAACAAGCUGAAAGGAUCAACUCCUCUAACUCACCAGUAUUACAAUAUUGUGGUGGUGCUGUUUCCCCUGAGAUGCAGCCACCAAAGCUUUUGUGGGUUAAGGAAAACUUGCAAGAAUCUUGGUCUAUGGCAUUUCGGUGGAUGGAUUUGAGUGAUUGGCUAUCAUACAGAGCAACAGGAGAUGAUACUAGGAGCCUGUGCACUACUGUAUGCAAAUGGACAUAUCUUGGUCAUGCUCAUAUGCAGCAGAUCAAUGAGAAAGAUUCUCGCAAUAUGGAAGCUUGUGGAUGGGAUGAUGAAUUUUGGGAGGAGAUUGGCUUAGGUGAUCUUGUUGAUGGGCACCAUGCUAAGAUAGGACGAAGUGUCGCUUUCCCUGGCCAUGCUUUGGGCUCUGGUCUAACCCCCGUUGCUGCCAAGGAAUUGGGUUUGGUGGCUGGGAUACCGGUAGGUACUUCACUAAUAGAUGCUCAUGCAGGUGGCGUGGGGGUAAUGGAAAGUUUGCCUAGAUCUGUUAUUGAACCUAAAGAAGUUGAUGCUGAAGCUAUAUGCCAUCGUAUGGUUCUUGUAUGUGGCACUUCCACUUGCCACAUGGCUGUGUCUCAAACAAAGUUGUUCAUACCUGGGGUAUGGGGUCCUUACUGGUCAGCUAUGGUCCCUGAGUACUGGCUCACAGAGGGUGGUCAGAGUGCCACUGGCUCAUUACUGGAUCAUGUGAUUGAAAAUCAUUUGGCAUCUCCGCAUCUUGCUAACCUUGCUGCAUCUCAAAGAAUUUCAGUGUUUGAAUUGAUGAAUAACAUGCUAGAAUCUAUGAAAAAUGAUCUGAGAUCCCCAUUUAUUGCUGCAUUGACUGAUGAUAUACAUGUUCUCCCAGAUUUCCAUGGCAACAGGUCUCCCAUUGCAGACCCUAAGUCAAAAGGCAUAGUUUCUGGGCUGACUCUCGACACUAGUGAAAAGCAGCUGGCUCUUCUCUACCUUGCCACAGUACAGGGUAUUGCAUAUGGUACCCGUCAUAUUGUAGAGCACUGCAAUGCCAAUGGCCAUAAAAUCGGCACGCUACUUGCUUGUGGUGGUCUUACUAAGAAUCCCUUGUUCAUUCAAGAGCAUUCAGAUAUCAUUGGUUACCCUAUAAUCCUUCCACGUGAGAAUGAGUCGGUGCUGUUGGGAGCUGCUAUUCUUGGUGCUGUUGCAUCAAAGAAAUAUGCUACUGUUCGAGAGGCCAUGAAGGCUUUGAAUGCAGCUGGUCAGGUUUUUUAUCCAUCAAAAGACCCCAAAGUGAAGAAAUACCAUGACGCCAAAUAUCGCAUCUUCCGGCAACUUUAUGAGCAACAGCUUAGCCAUCGUUCAAUUAUGAGGGAGGCUUUGCCAUGAACUUAAUGCCAUUGUAGAAAAUGUGUUUCAGGGCAUUGGAAAUGAACAAGUGAUGUGUCCAUUAUAGCUGCCAGGGAACAUGUGCAUUUAUCAAUUUUUAUUUAUUUUUUUAAUGCUAGUGGUGUACAUAAUGCAAUCAAUCAGUCUGGCAUACUAUAUAGAUACCAAUCAAUUUUUGGUUUACUAACUCACAUUUAGUACACAGUUUACAACUAAAGUCUUUGAUGAAUGUUAACUUCACAACCUACUAAAAUGUUAGAAGUGCACAUUUACAGUGUUUCA